AACAGAGUCAGCCUCUAAACAACCUCAAUUCAACAACCAACAACGUAGACAAGAUGGUGGCCUCGGAAUUCCUCUCACGGCUUUUUCAGCGCACGCCUCGUCGCCGGCGCCAACAACGACGACAGCCCCAGGAGCGCCCCGAGCAAACACCAGCAGCACCACUACCACCAAUACCGACAACUCCAGAACCACGAGGGGAGCCGUCAGUGCGCAUUAACCCAGCGGGAUACACAGCGCGCGCCACCUUCGAUUCUCCAGGGGUGAAAGACUCGACAUGCAAAGUCAACGGUUCUCUCUACGACAAUUACUACCUGCCCACUCUCCCAUGGGAGUAUCGCAGUCUAUUCGCAUCUAUUUGCGAGGCUGCCGACCAAGAUAUUGAAGACCAAGGCCAAGAGCAGGGGCAGGAGCAAAAACAAGCUGAUAACCAACAAGCAAAGUUAAAGUUAAACUCUCAAGAACAGAGCCCACUUUUCACCAGACUUCCUCCCGAAAUCAGGUACAUUAUCUACCUGCAUGCCUUUGGAGGCCGUCGGAUUCACAUGGACUACGAUUACGACCCGCGGUGGCACAAAUCCCGUCGAUGGAGUUGGUGGCAUCGCGUCUGCGACGAUGAUGCUGUUUGUCCCGUGAAGGAAUUUGUUUGUCCGGAGACUGCGCCUGCAGAGGGCGCGAUGCUGCAGCUUGGAUCGAGUUCUUGGUUUAAGGAUGGGUUCGAGUAUAGAAUUGAUGCGGUCAAUUGGUUACGGUGUUGUAAGAUUGGAUAUCAAGAGUCCCUCCCGAUCCUGUACAGCUCCAACACAUUCGUCCUCAGCCAGGGGAUUGACCAGUUACACCGGGUGACGAGGGUAAUGCCGCGCGAUCACCUGGCGCUUUUAACGUCUCUUUCUGUUGAGAUAGACGUCUACAAGAUCUGCAGGCGCCCGCCGCCGCAUAUGGAUGGGCACUUUCGGGACUUUUAUCAUGGGUUUUUUGAUUUGAUUCGGCAACGCCUUCCGAAUCUGCGCGGGCUCUCGCUUUCCAUAGCGGGUAUACCGAGUCCGCCUAGAACGGGAGUUGAGUGGUCCGAGGAGGGAGAGAGGAUGUGGGUUGGACCGUGGGAGGAGUUGGGAGAGAGUAAGAGGUGGAAGAGGUUGGAGAUUGCGGUUCCAGCGCGUUGGGUUGAAGAGUUUGAGGGCGUUGGUAGGCGGAGGGAUAUGAAUUAUGGGGAGAAGAGGUAUGAUCUGGUACAAGGGUUGGAAUCGUUUCAGAAGGGGUGGUAGUUGACCUCGAGAUUGAUAGGAAUCUUGAAUGAGAUGAAUAGCUUGGUCUAGAUGGCUCGGUAGUACAUGAUGGACAUAUUAAAAUAUGGUCGAUAACAGAGGAUAGUAAUGCAAAAGAAAGGUGUAAGAGCCUAGUGUUGGCAAGAAGAGAAUGGCAAAGGACAGAGGAAAAGUAAUAAUAGGAGUUGCAGGAUACGCCGAACACCUGCUGUAAGAACUUCGAAGCCAUGCAGCAAACAUAACUGCGUUGCAAUGUCAACUCGCUUUCUCGAACAGCAACCGCCUGAUACUGAUAUUCGCGACAUGCGCAACAGCAACAACAGGCCGCGGCUCAGGGAUUCUCGAAGGAAAGAUCACAUAAACAGGAGAGUCCUGUUUACUGUCCGGCCUGAAUUUGUCAAAAUACGCCUUCUUCCCGCCAAAGGUAAGAUGGUGAUAUGUAUACUGAUAUACCCGGU